AAAAAUGUUGUUCGUGUCCAAUGAAUGAGUAUUUCAUUCAGCUAUCUCAGAGUCCCGAAACACAAUGGAGAGAACCUAAUCUCUCCCUGUCCCUCCCUUUUGCCAGGAAGAUAUGAGCAGCUAAAGUAUUUGGUGCUAUAUAUAGUCAGUUGAUGUCAGCUGGAUGCCAGUCUCUCCAGAGAGGCUCAGUCCCCUGUUUAAGUCAGAGCUAGGGACCAUGCCGUUCCAGGUUCAAGGAUAAAACCCAUCAGGCCCAAGUGCCAUCAUAUUCCACCUUCAGCGUUUUCCUCCACAAUUGGGAUUCACCCCUGCUGAAAAGUGCAGUCUACCAGCAAGGGAAUAAAAAUACCAUGCUAUCACAUAGUGCCAUGGUGAGGCAAAAGAAACAGCAAGCAUCAGCCAUCACGAAGGAGAUCCAUGGAAACGAUGUAGAUGGCAUGAACCUGGGCAAAAAAGUCAGUAUCCCCAGAGACAUCAUGAUAGAAGAACUGUCCCAUUUCAGUAAUCGUGGUGCCAGACUGUUUAAGAUGCGUCAAAGAAGAUCUGACAAAUAUACCUUUGAAAAUUUCCAGUAUGAGUCGAAAGCACAGAUAAAUCACAACAUUGCUAUGCAGAAUGGGAAAAUUGAUGGAAGCAACCUGGAAAGUGGUCCGCAGCAAGCCCCCUCGACUCCUCCCAACACCCCAGAUCCCCGAAGCCCUCCAAAUCCAGAGAACAUCGCACCAGGAUAUUCUGGACCACUGAAGGAAAUUCCUCCUGAAAGAUUUAACACGACGGCCGUUCCCAAGUACUACCAGUCGCCCUGGGAGCAGGCCAUUGGCAGCGACCCCGAGCUCCUGGAGGCUUUGUACCCGAAACUUUUCAAGCCGGAAGGAAAGGCAGAACUACCUGAUUACAGGAGUUUUAACAGAGUUGCCACUCCAUUUGGAGGUUUUGAGAAAGCAUCAAAAAUGGUUAAAUUCAAAGUUCCAGAUUUUGAACUACUACUGCUAACAGAUCCCAGGUUCAUGGCCUUUGCCAACCCUCUUUCAGGCAGACGGUCCUUUAACAGGACUCCAAAGGGGUGGAUAUCGGAGAAUAUCCCUGUAGUGAUAACUACCGAGCCUACAGAAGACACCACUGUGCCAGAAUCAGAUGACCUGUGACAAGGAGGCUGGGUAUGCCACAGAAAUCUCUGCAAAUAAAAGCUGCUGUUAUCCUACAUGCUGGCAAAGCCAUUUAAGUUCUCCAUUACGAUAAUCAUUUAAUCUCAGUUAAGUACAUUUCAUUUCAAGGCAUUUAAUUGGAAUUCAGCAAUUAAAUUCUUAUUAAAAAACUUAA